AUAGACUAGAGACUGAGUCAGUUACUGUGCUUAUACACAAAGGGAAACUAUAACCUUUUUUUUUUUUUUUUUUCUCUAAAUAGGGUUGAUUUUGAUUGUUGUGUCUUUUGGACGUGCAACCGUUGGCGAUUGUUUUGUUAAGUUUAAAAACAAACAAAAAAACUAUAUAUAUUUUUGAUUUGUUUUCAAAAACGGCCACCUGUGUUUAUAAUGUGUUUUUACUUUUGAUUUGGAAACGUUUUUUUUUUUUUUUUUUUUUUUGAAGAGUUUUGGAAAUCUAUUGUGUGAAGAUGACAGAGGCUACUCAAGUCACGAAUCACAGUUGUGCGAAUGGUUCCCUUGUUACUUUGUCUUGCCCAUCACGGCAAGUUGUGUGCAGAAUUGUGAAUGAGAUUGAUCUAACCAUCUCUCUCAACAACUUGUCAUUGAACAUGUCUGCUUCAGAGCAGAAGUGGCGGAAUUACGAGUUCUACAUUGGCUUGACCAUGGCCAUCUUCUCCUCUUUUCUAAUUGGAGGCAGUGUCAUCCUGAAGAAGAGAGCUCUGCUCAGACUGGCUCAGACAGGAGGCACCCGAGCUGGUGAGGGAGGUCAUGGAUACCUGAAGGACUGGAUGUGGUGGGCAGGUUUACUGACAAUGGGUGGUGGUGAAGUUUCGAAUUUUGCAGCUUAUAUCUUUGCACCUGCAACAGUAGUGACUCCACUAGGGGCUCUAAGUGUACUUAUAGGUGCAAUAUUGUCUUCCUACUUCCUAAAUGAGAAGCUUAACAUGCUGGGGAAAAUAGGGUGUGUGCUGAGCAUUCUGGGAAGCACAAUUAUGGUGAUUCAUGCUCCAGAAGAGGAGGAAGUGAAAACUUUGGAUGAAAUGGCUCAAAAAAUUCUGCAUCCAGGAUUCCUCUUUUUUGCCAGCCUCCUAUUAGUAGCAAGUUUGGUGCUGAUAUUUUAUUUGUCCCCGCGCUAUGGACAUACCAACGUCUUGAUCUACAUCGCUAUCUGCUCCUUGAUUGGAGCGUUCUCUGUGUCAUCUGUCAAAGGACUGGGCAUCGCCAUAAAGGGCCUGUUUGACAAAAAGCCUGUGUGGAAACACCCUCUUUGCUACAUCCUCAUCGUCACACUGGUGGCUUCCAUUGUCACUCAGGUCAACUACCUCAACAAGGCCUUGGAUGUCUUCAACACUUCAGUAGUCUAUCCUAUCUACUAUGUCUUUUUUACCACAGUGGUCCUUUCAACCUCUGUAAUUCUCUUCAGAGAGUGGUAUUCCAUGUUCCUAAUUGACAUCGUGGGAACGUUAUGCGGUUUUCUCACUAUUAUCACAGGGGUGUUUAUGUUGCAUGUGUUUAAAGACAUGAAGCUCAAUAUAGAUACCUUUCCACAGGUCAUUCAGCCAAAACAAGAGGAGCAUCCUGUGGCUGAAAUCAUCAGAUUUGAUGACAAGCAGAUUCUUAUCGACAGUAUGGAGAACUCUGUGUUUUCUGAACAGAAGCCGAAACUGUUUGUGAUCUGCAGUUAAGGGACUGCAUGUGUGUGUAUAUACUGUAUAUAUUUUAAUAUAGUGAUGUUUUUAUUAAAGGUUUUUUUUUUUUUUUUAGCCCACGGAUAGAGUGCUAGAUGAAGUGGCUUGUACUGUUGCAGUAUUGAAUUAAAGUGAAAAGUAAAUAUCAUGAAAUGGAAGAUCCAGAUUAGGAGCUACCCUUUUUUAACUUUUUUUUUUUAAGUUUGCGCACUGUUUUGGUAGAGUUCUGCAUACUGCUUGUGCCAUUGGUGGGGGCUAGGCCACCAAGCAUCUUGAUGUGCAAGAGGAGAAAUACUGCACAUCUCUGUAAAACCAGUACAGUAGACAACCUCUGUAUUGCAGGGCCUGUAUUGUUUUAAUCUUUCUAGGACCACAGUGUCCCUUGUUCUGUAGAAUAUUCCUGCUCUUUUGGAAAUAUGUUGGGCAUGCUGACAGUCCCACACAGAUAGUUUUCAUGUUUAAUAAAGAAAAAAAAAAGGCUUGUUUCCCUUUUUUUGACUGGGAGUAGUCCUUGCUUGCACAUUCCAGUCACCCAGGACACUUGAAAUCAAUUCUGAAUAAUGGCUUUCUUUUCUGUCGAAUGAUGCGAGAGGAUGGUAUUGGUGACCAGUUAGGGCAGUGGGAUCUGUGUCAUGUGAUGUAUGACAGUAAAACGAGAAUAAAAAAUCUAUUUUGCUUGUGAACAAAAAUGAUGCCUACCCCUUCUUUUGAGUCAAGUCUUGCCAAUGGCAGCGGACAACUUGCAUGCAAAAUACAUUCCAACAUUUAUGAGUUUUCACAUGAAACCUAAUGUAAAGAUAUGGUUAAGAGCACCUAUAGAAACCUUAGUAGUCUACUUUUGUAAGUGAAUCUGGUACAAGGAAUGUGAAUUUGAGAAUUCUUACUUUCUGAUCGAAUUGAUUUCUCUUGAAAUUCUAUUUUUUUAAGAUCAUUGUGUUCAGCCCUUUUGGUGUUCAAACUAGUGUGGCUUGAAUUUGAAGGGGAACAAUGAUGAAAUCUGUUCCACAAUUGAGAAUAAUUUUACAGCAAGGUAUGAUUCCUUUGAUGUUUGUUUACUUUACCAUGAGAUAUUUAUUGCAGUCCUGCUACAGGGGACUCUAUUCAGUGAUACUUUACAGUUUAAAACAAUUAUGUGUGGAAGUAUAUAAUGUUGUUUGAGCUUCAUAAUUUAGCAGUGGAAGCCAAGCAGAUUAUUUACUUAAUUUGAUUUCCAUGUUAAACAGGCAAUUACAAUUGCUGUUAUUAACGUGUGUUUUUAAAUAUAGAAAUAAUAAUACAAAAUGGAGACAUGACACAACAUUUAAGUGCUUCUCUUUGUUUGUUUCUAGGGUACACAAAUAAAUGCCCUUGGCCUUUUGUGCUGUUCAUCUGGCAGCUAGUUCUGGGUGGGCUCUUCAUAUCUUUGGGUAUCACACCACUGGGUUGAGGGUAAAGGUCCUGCAAUUUUAAAUGUACAAAUGUAAUGCUCACUGUCGACAAAGGAGGUUGAACUAUUUGAAAAAAAAAAAAAAAAAAAUGCUUUCAGUAAUGUGCUCUAGUGUGACAAACUAUUUAAAUCACAAACAACGUAAUCCAGACUGAAGAAGUACAAUAUUUUUUUGGUUUGCUUGUGAACUGUGAUAUUUUAAAUUUUAUUCACUAUGUAUAUACACAAUCUUGCUGUAUAUCUAUGUAUUUAUUUAAGGUAUUUUGAUGAGAACUUUUUUCUGGCUUGCUUUAACAUUCCAGAAUGCUAUGAAUCAUCUGUCUAAUAAAGAUUAUUUUUGAUCAA